AGAUUGGCUCAAAGAUGGAACAUUUGGCGGUCAGAAAUGCGCCACAUGUUGCCCGCUCCAGCCAAAAGCUGAGGAGGACGGGCGCAUUGAGCGCUGCGGUAUCCACGAUAUGCCUGAGCUCUGUCCGGUGUUGGACGCCCCAGAGCAUGGCGCCAUCAAGGUGGAAGGCACUCCACACACCGAGGCCGGAUGAGGGCUGAUCCAUUGCAGGCUGCCUCACCGCAGCUUCAGGAGACGAGGGUGAUCGACCGCCUGCCGAGCAGUUUGGCUGCGGUGGGUCGCUUGGGGUCCUCCGCCCCUGUGGCCGUUCGGGUCACGCAGGCCGUCCAUGCAGUUGAUACUCGUGGGCCACCCCAAGCUGCAAUCUCAGUAGUGGUCUCCAGCAAAGAGAAGUCAGGCCACUUCUCUCGAGGAGUGCUUGACCGAAUCAAGAUGCGUCUUGAAGGACAGGGAACCUACGCAGUUGCUCGAUGGUCGUGAACAUGGGCAUCCGCUUGUUGAGCGGCAAUUCACCCGACAUGCUCAGAGAGGCUUGGGCGCCAGUCGCCUGCGCUUACUCUUGUGCCCUGGCGACCUGUGUCCUCAGUGGGGUCUAUGCCACGGUCAUUUUUACGUUGACCAAGAUGUAUUCCAUGACCGUGAUCGGCAACUAUAAGGAUGCUCAAUUUGCGGAGUUCUUCCAAGAGACUCAGAAAUAUCGCGAAGCAGGAUUCUGGGCCUUUUGCGCGUCCCUGGGGAGUUUUGCGUUCGCCUUUGUGACCUUCUUCCUUCUAAAGAUCCGAGGAUGGCCUGGCAUCACAGGUUUCACCCUGGGAGUGGCCAUCGCGGUGAAGGCAAUGCUGGACUUCCGCGGCAUUUACCGGCGUGCAGGGAACAUACUCCGAUGAUGCCUGAGACACAGCCCGCUUCGUGCGCACAUGCGAGGAUCUGACCGGUUUUUCCACCGACAUCUCUAGAUGUCCAUGUCUACCGAAGAUCCAUCUGAAUUUGGGGCCUUGAGGCCUUGAGGCCUUGACCACCCCUUCCAAGCACGCGCUCUCUAGUGCAAAAGAACGUUAUUAUGUUUC